AUGCCCCUUCCUUUUACGGUUUGCUCCUUCUUUUUUAAUCUCUUAUCGAUAAUUUUGGCUCAAAAGCUGGUAUACGGCAGCCAGAAAUCGAGCAAUGCUGUCCUCAAAGUGCCAGCUGAAUCGGUAUCAAGCUGCUGGUCAUCCACCGCCUACUGUACAAGAAACACUGAAGACGAUGACGGUUACGAUGAUAACGACAUAAUCGACGAGUCAUCGGAUCGCGAUCUUGUAGCUGCAAUUGACGGUCAGAUUGUGCUGCUGGCAACGUUAGAUGGGUAUAUCAAUCGUAUUGUAUUUAAUGAAACAAGGGUCCUGAACAGGAGUACAUUAAAGGGACGUAUUAAGCUUAACCGCCAAAUUCAUCGUUUGCAUUAGACAAGGAUAGCAAAUACUAAACCGUUUUACAUCCGCCCGCUUUAUUCUCUGAAAGUCAAAGUUAUAUGUUACUUCGAAAGGGACUCCAUCCAAUAUCUGUGUUCUGUUACUGUAUGUGUGUUGACUUAACCGGUACAGGAAUAGGCUCCAAUCUACGUGGACGACCUCGACGCGGCGGCCGCAAGAUGAGCAAUAGACAUACACUCUCUUAUCCGGUGUUAUUGCAGGACUUAUAUAGAGCAAGUCAGACUUGCUUUUCCUGUUUUUGCCCAUUGCUUAUGCCGACAGCUACUAAAGCUACAUAUGACAGUGAAAUCAAGACAGUGAAAGUUUAUGACGCUCUCCAAUAUGUCAAUCCGG